GACAGCGAGCAGACCUGAGGUGUUGAUGCCAAGCUUCUCCGUGUUUAUGUCCUAAUUUUGGGUUUUUGCUGAUUUCAGUAGCUGUCAGUUAACCGUCUAUCGACAGUUAUCCACUAAAAGCUGCAUUUGGGUCCAUUUAAAGGUUGAAAAAGAUCAAGUGCUACAUCACAAUUCAACAGGGACAAGAUGAUGGCUAAAAACGAAGGACAAGUGCAGAACAUUUUGAAGGAAAAACUGGACAACCAGAAUGGGAACAACGCUCAGCAUCCCAAUUCAGAUGACAAGGAAAACGAUACCCAUCCAACACAUUCCUUCGAGUGGCGCUGUGGUGAAAACUCCAGCAAAAUCACUUGCACUAAAGCAGGAACUGUCCUGGAUUCACUGAAGAAAAGUCCACAAUUCAAUGAAAUUGCAACGAAGUACAACAAGAAAGAACUUCUCAUCAUGAAAGAGGGAAAAGCUGUAAGCUCACAUCUUCCGUGCACCUUAAUUACACAAGGGGAGCGUCUGACUGUGAAGUAUAUAAAAGCACCAAAGAAAAUCAUUCCUCCUGUUUCUUUGAGGAAAAAAACAUGCGGUGAGUUGGUAAUGUUUCAUGUGUUGACAAAAGGAGGCAAAAAUGUAACAAAAAUCAUGAGAAAUCCUGAACUAAGCAAAGUAGUCCAGGAAGUGACUGUUUAUGCCUACAAAGGGGAACGGGUGAAGGAUGCUCUGAGAAGAGAUGGGCGUUUCCAACGUGUCAUAUUCCAAAAGAACUGUGUGCUCUCUCAGAAGGUCGAUGAAGUAAUAACAGAGUUCUCCAACCCUGUUGAUGAUCUUCAUGGUACAGUUUUCCAGAUUAUAAUGCUCAACAAGUCCAAGCCACCAGACAGUCUGCCAGGCAGUCUUGAGGAGGCUUAUUAUUAUCUGAGUCAAACUGACUCAGAGAAGGCAGGCACACACAAAAAGACUCCAGACCAGGUAUUGGAAGAGAUACAUGGCUCAAAGGGGAUGCAGCAACACCUACUGUCACAGUUUACAGAAUCUGUGAAAAGCAUGAAAGACAAUCCUUUUAAGCUUUCUCGCAUUCAGAAUCUGCUCCGUGUGGAGUUUGGACAGAAUGUUCAGAGGUGCAAUGAAGUAAAGACCAUGAAAAAACUGAUGGAUCGCAGCAAAUCUGUUUGUCAAGUGAGAAUAAAUGGGGGUCCCGUUGGAAGUGGCUUUCUUCUCUUUGGCCAGUAUGUCCUCACUAACGCUCAUGUAAUUAAAGACAUUUACAAUGAAAACAGAAAACUUGAUGAGAAGGUUUCUGUGCAUUUCUCAUAUGAAAGUGUGGAGCAGCCUGAUGAAGGGAUAAUUGUUGAAGAGGUGGUUUGCUUCGAAUACCAACCUGAUGUGUGUCAAAGUGACUUUGCUGUGUUAAAGGUCAGUGGGCAUCAGGAAUUACCCGUUGGCCUGUUAAAGCAUUUGGGCUUCCCACCCCAGGACGGUGGAGUUUGCAUCAUUGGGCAUCCAGAUGGCGGUGUGAAAAAAAUAGAUCCAUGUUUGAUUGUUCCAUCACAGAAUCGCAACCAGGUUGUAGAGAGGCAUUACAGAGAAAAUCAGGGUCCCGUUCAGUUUGUUACUGGCUCUUUCUUUCAGGAUGUAGCAGAGUGUGUUCAACAGAAGGUCCUAACUUAUGGGACGAGUUUUUACCAUGGCUCAUCUGGCUCUCCUGUUUUUGACAAAUACUGCAACGUUGUAGCCGUGCAUACAGCUGGGUAUGCUUACUGUCGUCCAACGGGUGUAUUAGAUAGUGUGAUAGAGUAUGGCCACCCUUUGUCUGACUUGUUGGUACGCCUCGUUAUCCAAGUAGUGCAAAGGAAAAAGUUUGACGUGUUGAAGGAAUACCUUGCUUUCAGUGACAACCGGCACGAAGUGAUUAAAAACAAUGUAAAGAAGCUGGUGGAGAGCAGAAAUGACACAAUAUUUAAAGAAGCCAUCAACACUUUGGUGCACACAGAUGACAUGAGCUUGAAGGAGUUCUGGGGUUUUUUCUCACAAACAGAAGAACCUGUCCCAAUGGAAUUCUAAAUGUGAUUGUUGCAAAGCUGAUGAAAGAUUCAGCAAUGCAAUACGUGCUGUUAGCAAUUAAACAUCUAAGAAAUCCAUGUAUCGUUUUAAAUGGCUAAUGCAAAAUAUAAACCAUUCAUUUCAUAUAGGUAAAGGUUUCAUUUUAAUCAAUGAUACUGUAAAUUAUUUGUUUUUCUUUGGGGUUUUUUUCAGCAACUGAUAACUCAUGUAUAUUUAGUAUCUGUUAAGUUUUUAUGACUUUGAUAAACCAAAUGCAACUGUUGUUCACUUUUCUACAACUCUUAAAAAAACUAAGACCGCAGUUGAACUGAUAAGGGUGUAAAUACAUAAAUUGUUUUUUUAGUCAAUUCAUUGGAUGUUUGUUAAAGCUUCAUUGGAUUUCAUCAUUUUAUUUUUCAUUAUGUGAUAUGUUGUUUAUUUGGUAGCUGUUGAUCCAUUUUGGAUUCAUGCUGAGACCAGAUAUAACUGCUGUUUACUUCUGUUUCAACAUCAUCAUCAUGUAAUAAACUGUAUUUCAUAAGCAGGACCUGGCUACUGCUUUUGAUUUUUGAUCAUAUACUAUGUAAGCACCAGUGUACUCAUGUUUUCACAAUUUGCUUUUAUCUUAUGCAUAAAUAAACUUACCAUUUUGU